GCCGGCGCCUCCGGGUGCUGCGGGUUGAGGUCGGGGUUCCCUGCGGUGGGACGCGAUCUCGGGGACUUCAUCGUGAAAUCAGAGGCUGUCCUACGGGAGAUGGGGUGCUUUGCUCUAGAGACCCGGGGGAUCUCUGCAGAAUGACCAUGAGCCGGGCCUGAACUCGGCUGUCAGCAUCUGAAGGCCACUGGGCCACGCUCUGAGCCUCUGGUGCCUCCUUUCCAGGCCUGCAGCAUGGAGGAGGGUGUACACCUGGGCGGCCUGGCCAGGGUGGUCCACCUGCUGGUCUUGUCAGGGGCCUGGGGCAUGCAAAUGUGGGUGACCUUCGCUUCAGGCUUCAUUCUUUUCCGAGGCCUCCCCCGGCACACUUUUGGCCUCGUGCAGAGCAAACUCUUCCCGUUCUACUUUCACGUCUCUGUGGCCUGCGCCUUCGUCAACCUCUGCGUCUUGGCUUCACAGUACUCCUGGGCUCGAAUCACAUUCUGGGAGUCCAGCCAGGUCUUCCUGCUCCUGCUGAGCCUGGUGUUGGCCGCCGUCAACGACCGCUGGCUGGAGCCCCGCACCUCCAGUGCCAUGUGGGCGCUGUACAGGGUGGAGAAGGAGCGCGGCCUGGGCCAGGAUGCGCCGGGCAGCCGCCAGGGCCCCGACCCCUACCGCCAGCUGCAGGCCCAGGAUCCCAAGUACAGAGCCCUGCGCCAGACCUUCUUCCGCUACCACGGCAUGUCGACCCUCUGCAACCUGGGCUGUCUGCUGGCCAACGGCCUCUGUCUCGCUGGCCUCGCCCUGGGCCUCCGCAGCCUGUAGCUGCUCACUGCCUCCCUGGCCCUGCUGGGGCUCCAAAUAAAUCCAUACACUUUGGGAAAUGCCAACUGUCGCUUUGUCCAGCGGAGAGGUGGGGGGGGUGUGCUUGUGAGGGGCAGCGGAGUGCACCCCGCCAAUGAAGAUUCACUGUGUGUCAGCUCUGCCCACGGCUGGACACUCCCAGAUCGGGCCCUGGAUACUGCACUACCUGUGACUGUGGGCCAGCACUGCACAGUGCGGCCGUGGCUUCAUGUGGUCCCUCCAGUGACCCGAUUUCCCACCCCCUUGACCUGGGAGGAGGGGUGGCCUGGGAAAUGGGAGAGGCUGGAGCUCAGCAGGGGAGCACUUGCCUUCCAGGUAUAAACACUGAGGUUCAGUCCCCAUCAUGGGAAAUGCCAAAGGAGGAAACGAGGCAGAGAUACCAUCCGCUGCUUCCUCAAGAACCCCACCAGGUUUGCCUUUCACCUUCAUAAGAUCCAGAGGUGGGGCUGGAGCGAUAGCACAGUGGGUAGGGCGUUUGCCCUAGUUCGAGCAAGGCAUGAGUUGCUUUGCUCAUGCAACUCAUCCCCACUCCUGGCCGACCCAAGUUUGGAGUCCCAGCAUCCCAUAUGGUCCCCUGAACACCGCCAGGGGUAAUUCCUGAGUGCAGAGCCAGGAGUAACCCCUGUGCAUCGCUGGGUGUGACCCAAAACCCAAAAAGAAAAAAAAAAAAACCAGGGGUGUUGGAGAGAUAGACUACAGUAUACAGAAGGGAUGGUAGGGGCUGGAGCGAUAGGACAGGUGGGAGGAAGUUUGCCUUGCACGCAGCCAACCUGAAUAUGAUCCCCGGCACCACAUAUGGUCUCCCGAGCCUGCCAGAAGUGAUUCCUGAGUGCAGACCCAGGAGUAACCCUGAGUAUCACCAAGUGUGACCCAAAAAGCAAAAAAAAAAAAAAAAAAAACAAAAAACUAGUAAGUCCACACUUGUCUUGCACUCCAACCAAGCACCACACAUGGUCCCCUGAGUAGCUCCAGGAUCCCUGGAGCACUGAGCCAUGAGUAGUCCCUGAGCAGACUCAGAUGUAGCCCCCACAAAAUUCUAUGGGAACAAGUUGGGGUGUCGGUGCCAAGGAAACUUGGGACAACUUGUUACUGGGCGUGGGCCGCUGCGGCUGACUGGUGCAUGUCACCACCUUCUUCCACCUGGCAGCCCUGGGGGCAGAUGCUGUGGUUGCCAUGGAGCCGGGGGUCGGCACAGUGGUGGGUGGGUUUGAUUUCAACAUGAACUUGUUAUUUUGGUGCUGGAGAUCAAAUCUGGGUCUCCUGCCUGCAAGGUGUGGCCUCUAGCCUUCCCAGUUCCAACUGUGAACAUUUAGGAGAGGGAAUACAUACACCCAGUGCUUUGGCCACCGCUUCCGGCUUGGGUGCUUGGGGGGUCACUCUCAGGGGUGUUCUGAGGCCUUGAGGAUCCAACCCGAGACUCCCAGGUCUUUUGUUUUUUUGUUUUGCUUUGCUUUUUGGGUCACACCUGGCAGUGCACAGGGGUUACUCCUGGCGCUGCACUCAGGAAUCACCCCUGGUGGUGCUCAGGGGACCAUAUGGGAUGCUGGGAAUUGAACCCAGGUCGGCGGGCGUGCAAGGCAAACGCCCUACCCAUUGUACUAUUGCUCCAGCCCCUCCCAGGGGACUGACCCACCUUCUCAGCCCCAAACCCACCACUCCAGAAUCUCUCCUACAGGGGACUGAAGAAAGCUCAGUGGGGAGGGCAUUUGCCUUGCACGUGGUUGACCCAGGUUCGAUCCCCAGCAUUCCAUAUGACCUCCUUACAGGAGUAAUUCCCUGUUGGGGCUGGACUGAGCUAUCAGGGCGAGCCCAUGUAUACUGUACCGUACUACGGAUAGGAACAUAGGGACCCAUGAAAAUGGGCAUGAUUUCUCGUGUGUCCUGACUGAUUUGGAUGAAGCUGAACAUUUUCCCCCUUCAAGCUGCCUUCAGAAAAUAAUUUCAAUAUAUUGAAAGGGACAGUUUUCCUUUUCUCACAGAAGCCUGGCUGGUCUUCAACAUGCAGAUCUCGAGUGUUAGCCAGGCUUGAUCUUUGAUACUGUAAAUUAACAGGCUUUGGCCCAGUCUAGUCUUUGGGAUGUAGAUUUCAAGUGCUGGCCCAUUUUGUAUUUGAAGUGUAGAUUUCAUGUGUCAGCCCAGCCUUGUCUUUGGGAUGUAAAUCCAAGUGCUUUUAGCCCAAGAAAGGUUUCAGGUUUUUUUUUUUUAUUAUUAAUUUAUUUUUUAGUGAGUCACAGUGAGGGUACAGUUACAGAUUCACACAAUUUCGUGCUUGUUUUUCCCUCAUACAAUGUUCAAGAGCCCAUCCCUCCACCAUUGUCCAUUCUCCACCACCAAUGAACCCAGUAUCCCUCCCACCCCCCAAUCCCAUCCCCCCCACCCCACCCCGCCUCUGUGGCAGGACAUUCCAAUUUGUUCUCUCUCUCUCCUUUUGGGUAUUGUGGUUUGCAAUAGGGGUAUUGAGUGGCCAUCAUGUUCAGUCUCUAGUCUACUUUCAGCACACAUCUCCCUUCCUGCGCGUGAUCUCCAAUCACAUUUUACUUGGUGUUCCCUUCUCUAUCUGGGAUGACUUUCCCCCAGCAUGUGAGGCCAGCUUCCAAGCUAUGGAAGAAAGGUUUCAGUUUUGGGGCUGGAGCAAUAGCACAGCAGCUAGGGCAUUUGUCUUGCACACGGCCGACCCGGGUUUGAUUCCCAGCAUCCCAUAUGGUCCCCUGAGCACCGCCAGGAGUAAUUUCUGAGUGCAGAGCCAGGAGUAACCCCUGUGCAUUGCCAGAUGUGACCCAAAAAGCAAAAAAAAAGUUUCGAUUUUGGUUUUGUAUCUUCUUUCCUGAGGCCAAAAUUACUGGCCUGCAGAUGCAAGGAAACAAUGCUUAUUCUACUGCCUCAAUGUUCUUCCUGUAACUUCUUUUGAUGCCUUUGGUGACGUCACUGUAUUGCGCCCUUUAGAGGUACCAUGAUCAAU